AUGAAUCCGAGCAAUAUAGUUGAAUGUUUAGCAGAGCUAGUUAAAGCUGAUCUUAACGUAAAACCAACAGAAGCGUCGCAGAAAGAACGUGAAGCUGCUCAACAUCUUGCAGAAACAAUCGCGAUGUUUGCCAACUGCAAACAAUUUACGUACGAUGAAGAGACAACUUUAGACUUCGAAAAUCAAUCAGAUGAUUACGAAGAAAGUGACGAGGAGGAAGCACCGCCACACGCCGAUGAAAACAUCACAUCCAAGGAUGAUGAAUUGAAGGAGGAUGCAAACAAAGAUCUCGAACCUCAUCACCUCAAACAAUAUACUUUACAGUUCAUGAAGGAAGUUGUCGAAUUUGCCGACGCGAAAGACUCCACAGGCAAACGUCGUCGAUCGUGGAAAAUCAUUCAUCAUAGAUUUCGAUCUCUUCCGAAUCAGGGUUAUGUUACUCGUUUUCGACACUAUUUAGAACACGAAGGAACGAAAAGGCAGAAGAUAUAUGACAUUGAUCACGAAGUUUUCAAGAAGUUUGAAAGUGCAAGAGAGCGUUGCCUACCCGUGCACGAGU